GAGUGUGGCUUGAUGGAAAGCCCUGGCUCUCACCCUCAUUCCACCGGCUUCCCUAGCCCUGGCACCCAGAGACCUGCAACUUCAUCCUUCUGGCCCUUCCAGGCCGAGGCCACUCAGCCCUGCCAUUGCUUUCUUUUUCCUUUCUUUUUUUGAGUGUCAGUCUUUCCAGCCACCCCCUCCGUCUCAGGGAGGUGCCUCAUGGCAGCCCGCCCCUCCGGCCUGGUUUCCUCAGGAAAAGCCCUGAGAGGAAGCAGGGAGGGGGUUGGGAGCUGUGGGGGCCAGAAGAACCUGAGCCCUCCCACCGCACCGGCUGCCAUGGGGCUGGGGCUGCUGCUCCCGCUGCUGCUGCUCUGGACUCGGGGGACUCAGGGGUCUGAGCUGGACCCCAAUGGGCAGCACGUCUGUGUGGCCAGCAGCCCCUCUGCUGAGCUGCAGUGCUGCGCAGGCUGGAGGCAGAAGGAUCACGAAUGCACAAUCCCCAUCUGUGAGGGGCCGGAUGCCUGCCAGAAAGAUGAGGUGUGUGUGAAGCCAGGCCUCUGUCGAUGCAAACCUGGAUUCUUUGGGGCCUACUGCAGCUCCCGCUGCCCGGGCCAGUACUGGGGCCCCGACUGCCGUGAGAGCUGCCCCUGCCACCCGCACGGCCAGUGUGAGCCAGCCACGGGCGCGUGCCAGUGCCAGGCCGACCGCUGGGGCGCCCGCUGCGAGUUCCCGUGCGCCUGCGGCCCCCACGGGCGCUGCGACCCCACGACCGGCGUGUGCCGCUGCCAGCCGGGCUGGUGGUCGCCCACGUGCCGCCGCCCGUGCCAGUGCAACCCCGAGGCGGCGCGCUGUGAGCAGGCCACGGGCGCCUGCGUGUGCAAGCCGGGCUGGUGGGGGCGCCGCUGCAGCUUCCGCUGCACCUGCCACGGCUCCCCGUGCGAGCAGGACUCGGGCCGCUGCGUCUGCCGGCCCGGCUGGUGGGGUCCCGAGUGCCGGCAGCAGUGCGAGUGUGUGCGGGGCCGCUGCAGCGCCGCCUCCGGCCAGUGCACCUGCCCGCCCGGCUUCCGCGGAGCGCGCUGCGAGCUGCCCUGCCCGGCUGGGAGCCACGGGGUGCAGUGCGCACACAGGUGAGCGGGCGGGGCGGAGCGGGUGAGUGGGCGGGGCGG